AUGACCCUAACUGAGACUCGCCAGCUACCUAGUUUAGCCCGCCCGUUGAAGUGGUUACCAGGGUGUGGCCAUUGUCACAUGCAGACAGCUAUUUGGAGCCACAGAAUUGGAUUUUUUUUACCCCAAACUGGUGAUUUCCAAUGGGGGCAGUCCCACCCCUCAAGCGAUCGGUUACAGGUCCCAAGGGAUCGGUUACAGGUCCCAAGGGAACGGUUACAGGUCCCAAGCGAACAAUUACCGGUCCCAAGUGAACGGUUACAGGUCCCAAGGGAACAGUUACAGGUCCCAAGGGAACAAUUACCAGUCCCAAGCGAACGGUUACAGGUCCCAAGGGAACAGUUACAGGUCCCAAGGGAACAAUUACAGGUCCCAAGCGAAUGGUUACAGGUCCCAAGUGAACGGUUACAGGUCCCAAGGGAACAGUUACAGGUCCCAAGGGAACAAUUACCAGUCCCAAGCGAACGGUUACAGGUCCCAAGGGAACAGUUACAGGUCCCAAGGGAACAGUUACAGGUCCCAAGGGAACAAUUACAGGUCCCAAGCGAAUGGUUACAGGUCCCAAGUGAACGGUUACAGGUCCCAAGCGAACGGUUACAGGUCCCAAGCGAACGGUUACAGGUCCCAAGGGAACAGUUACAGGUCCCAAGCGAACGGUUACAGGUCCCAAGGGAACAAUUACAGGUCCCAAGCGAAUGGUUACAGGUCCCAAGUGAACGGUUACAGGUCCCAAGCGAACGGUUACAGGUCCCAAGCGAACGGUUACAGGUCCCAAGGGAACAGUUACAGGUCCCAAGCGAACGGUUACAGGUCCCAAGGGAACAAUUACAGGUCCCAAGCGAAUGGUUACAGGUCCCAAGUGAAUGGUUACAGGUCCCAAGCGAACGGUUACAGGUCCCAAGGGAACAGUUACAGGUCCCAAGCGAACGGUUACUGGUCCCAAAUGAACGGUUACAGGUUCCAAGGGAACAGUUACAGGUCCCAAGGGGGCAUUAG